AUGGGUGCGCAGAUAAUUCUCUUCGACGGCUUCGAGGUGGUUCCUCCGCCGGAGAUGAACGACCUAAUACUCUUCGGAAGCGAACAGUCCGGUGGUUCAAACUGCGACGAAUCAACGGUGACCACCGAAGAAGACAGCACUGUUUUCUCCGGAGAUAGCUCGCCGGGAAGAGCUCAGGCUGAAGAGGAAUGGCCCGAAGAAGAGACAACACCUUUCUCUUUCUACAUAGUUAAGCAACCUGCUUAUGACGAUCCCGAGAUCAAAGCCAAGAUCGAUGAAGCUGAUUCCGAGAUUUAUCAGUUUAAUAAACUCCGAAUUGAUCUCUCCAAUGCACAGAAAUCCGAAAGGGCUGAGAUUUCGUCUCUGUUAUCUCAAAUGGAGAGCUUGGUGAUUAAGUGUGAAGGAGACAAAGUGGUGUUUGAGGAGAAGAUGAAGGACUUUGAUACUCUUCAUGAAUCUCUCCGGAAUCUCCGGUGCUCUGUUAGUGACCAGCUUUGUGUUUCCAAGGAGGAGCUUGAUCAUCUUAUCUACAUAGCGCAUUACGUGAUUGAACAUGGAAGCACCGGUUUUGAGGAAGAAGAUUGGGUUCUUAAGGAGACAGAGAAGCCUGAUGGGUUAAUACCGCUCAGUGAGGAGUCUCUUGCAAAGAAAGAAGCUUUCAUACAGAGUCUCAAGGCAAUGGCUGUGGAACUGAAUGAAGUAAGGAAGGAGGUGGAUGCGAUUACUUGGAACUUGAACCACCUGAGUGACAAAAUGGGCAAGAGUCAGAACAAGAUCAAGGCUUUGGAUGUGGAAAUGGCACAUGUGCUUGAAAAGAGAGACAGAUCUUAUGAAAGGAUCAAGAUGCUGAGGAUAAGGCGAGACAGAGGGAAUGCGGCGCAUUUCCAGAACCUUGCUGUGAUGAGGAAAGCUAAAGAAUUGGCUGCAACUGGAAAUGUUAGAGAUCUAGAAGUGUUUGCUAGCUCUGAGGUUGAUAGAUUCAUGAGUCAUUGGAACAAUGACAAGGCUUUCAGGGAUGAUUACGUGAAGAGGACCUCGCAGUCACUCUACGAAAGGCAGCUUAGCCGAGAUGGGAGGGUUAAAGAUCGUGAAAAGCAAGCGCCGGUCAAGACUAGAAAGGAAGGUGUGGCGUUACAGAGCAAGAACAGAGACGAUUCAAGCUCAAACUCGUCUCAGAAUGGAGAAGGCAUCGUCUCAGAAAGAAAGGUGAAUGAUCUCAACAGGUCGAGUGCUGAGGAGAGUGAUGUUGUAGAUUUGGUGUAUGAGAGCCCCAAAAAGGAAGAAGAAGAGGUUGAGGUUGAUGAAGAGACAUUGAAGGAGAGGAAAAGAGAAGAGCAGGCAGAGAAAGCUCGUUUGGCUAUGGAGAGGAAGAGGAAGCUGCAAGAGAAAGCUGCUGCUAAAGCUGCUGUCAGAGCUCAGAAGGAAGCUGAAAAGAAACUCAAGGAGUGUGAGAAGAAGGCGAAGAAGAAAGCUGCAGCUGCAAACUCUCCUUCUCGUUCAGAAUCAAACCAAUCACGAGAAGCAAACAAUGGUAUGGAAAAGGUUAGGACUUUGGCAGUCUCAGGGAAAGAGAGAAUCCAGAAGGAGGAGAGAUUACUGUUCCCAAAGCAGAGAUCUUUCAGGUACAAACACCGUGGAAGAGGCACAGAAGCUCUCCCUAAAGCCAUCCUUAACCGUAGAAAGGCUCACAGAUAUUGGGUUUGGGGUCUCUCCUCUGCUGCUCUUGCUCUCGCCCUCGUCCUCGUCUUUUUACUUUUCCGGUGA